UCAAGCCCAUGGGCAGGGUCUCUGUUUUGCUGAAGAAAAGGCUGUUGUAAGCAUGGUGGAACAGAUACAGUAAAGAAGAAAAGUGGACGAAUAAUGCUUGAACUUUCAUAGCCGAUUAAAAUGGCUAUAAGGGAACUUAAAGUGUGCCUUCUCGGGGAUACGGGAGUUGGAAAAUCGAGUAUUGUAUGCCGAUUUGUACAAGAUCACUUUGAUCAUAAUAUAAGUCCAACUAUAGGUGCUUCUUUUUUAACUAAGACUGUCCCCUAUGGAAAUGAGCUUCACAAAUUUCUGAUCUGGGACACUGCAGGACAGGAACGAUUUCAUUCCCUGGCACCCAUGUACUACAGAGGAUCUGCAGCUGCUGUCAUCGUCUAUGACAUCACCAAGCUGGAUUCUUUCCAGACUCUGAAGAAGUGGGUGAAGGAGCUGAAGGAACAUGGUCCAGAGGAUAUUGUUGUGGCAAUAGCAGGAAAUAAGAAUGACUUAGGGGAUAUCAGGGAAGUUCCAACAAAAGAGGCCAAGGAAUUUGCAGAGUCCAUUGCGGCCAUCUUCAUUGAAACCAGCGCUAGAAAUGCAGUUAACAUUGAGGAACUCUUCCAGAAAAUUAGUAAACAGAUCCCUCCGUUGGAGAAUCCAGAAGUCGACAGCAAUGAAUCUUUCAAACUCACGCGCCAGCCUCUUCCAUCCAACAGACGCUGUUGUUAGUGACAGGUAUCCGUUCAGCUCCCUCCUUCCUCCAACCAGCAGCCAACGUGAAACAAAAAACUGUCU